AUGACGAAGGAUCUUCAAAGCAGAGGAGGAAUACAGGUUGGUAAUUGUCAACAAAAUGUUGUCUUCCGGAACGGUUCAGAUGGUGUUUCACUAUCUGAAUCGGAAGCUCCCUUCUUAGGCAGUCAAGGCAUCAGAGAAAAACGUGGUGCAAACACUAAAGCCAUUCGUAAAGAAAUAAGAACAUGGACCCCAACCGACGAUGUAGUGCUCAUCAGCUCGUGGCUGAACACAAGUAAAGACCCUAUAGUUGGGAAUGAGCAAAGGUCUACUGCAUUCUGGAAAAGAAUUGCUGGGUAUUACAAUGCUAGUCCCAAGCUUGAUGGGUGUGAGAAGAGAGAGGCAGCUCACUGUAAGAAUCGUUGGCACAAGAUCAAUGACAUAGUUUGCAAGUUUUGUGGAGCAUAUGAAGCUGCAAACAGAGAGAAAACCAGUGGGAAAAAUGAGAAUGAUUUCCUCAAACUUGCCCACGAGAUCUUCUUCACAAACCAUAACAAAAAGUUCACCCUUGAGCAGCUUGGAAAGAAUUGCGUAAUGACCAGAAGUGGAGCUGCAAAAGCCCGUGGUAAGAAGACGAUGGUGGAGGGGAAGGAUCUGGACGCGUUUGAGACUAUGUGGAGCAUCAAGCAGCAGGAUCUUAAGAUCAAAGAAAGGCUGUUGAAGAUGAAGAUUCUUGACAGUCUCAUUGCAAAACAAAAACUCCUUGCUGAUUAUGAAGAAGCUCUGAAGAAGCAACUCAUUAUUGAGUUGAUGUCUAAUUAUAUGAAGUCUAUUAAGUCUCUGUUUUAA